AUGAGACAAGUAGCUCAAUCAAUAUAUAUGGCAGGAGUAUUGGUUGGAGCCUUCAUACUUGGAAAUUUAUCUGACAGGUUUGGUAGAAAAGCAAUUCUGACUGGCUCUUAUUUCAUGAUGGCAGUAUCUGGCACAUGUGUGGCUUUCCUCCCCAACUUUGUCACUUAUUGCACUUUCCGCUGUCUUUGUGGGUUUGCUUUCUCUGGAAUUGUUCUGAACACCAUCUCACUUUGCCUAGAAUGGACCCCACCCAAAGGGCGAACUGUGAUUGGCACGCUAUUUUCCAUACAGUUUUACAUGUGGACAGCUUUUACUAGCAGGCUUUGCUUAUGG